CCGGGUCAGCAACCGAACCAUCCCACUCUCUGGUUUGUGAAUAAUGGGAAGCGACCGGAAAUCGGAGGAGAAGAAGAAGAGUAGAAAAAGGAGCUUCUCUUCUGCUUCUGAAGAUGAAGGAAAAGGGAAGAGGCAUAGAGGAGUAGCAGAUGAGGAUAGAAAGAGCCGAAAGAGUGACAAGAAGGACAAGAAAAGGUCACAUAAGCAUUCUGAUAAAGAAAAGAAGACCAAGGAUAAGCAUAGAAGUAAACAUCGCCCGUUGAACAUUGAGAUCCAAGAACUGUCUGGUGAUGACUAUUUCUCUAAGAACAAUGAGUUCUCAACAUGGCUGAAAGAAGAGAAAGAUGUGUUCUUCUCUGAUCUUUCUGCUGAAUCUGCACGGAAACUUUUUUCAGACUUUGUGAAAGCUUGGAACAAGAAAAAGCUUAAAAUCAAGUACUAUGAGGGGAUUCAAAUUGCGCCCCGGUCUGCCCAUAAUUGGAAAAUUAAAGGGUGAAAAGCAAAGCUACUAGUGCUUUCUGCUCUUGUGCUCUUCAUACCAUGUUUUAUUUUAGCUCUUUAUUAGGUUUUGUCUACCCAGGAAUUAUUCACAGUACAACUUGUAGCUCAAAUCCAUUCAUGAAUCAUGAUGUUAUAUUUUUUAAGUUCUUACUGGUAUAUGUAAGGUGAUAUCAAGAUGCAGCAGUCGACACCGUGCCAUUAUUCAUCUUAACUGUAGGGCUGGUGCUCUAAAACAUUGCCUUGCCUUUCGUUACCAUUCAAAUCGUUACUAGUGCUAUUACUAUUCCAACUGAAA